UUUCCUCCAACACGGGGAUGGAUGCUCCUUUAGGUCUACGCUCUCCCAAAAUUGUCUUUCGUUAGUAAAUGGAGAAACAGCUGUCCAAUGCUUUCUCUCUCCUUGCUUUAGCCGACGACGAAGAUGGUCUCCCCUCGUCUUCUUCUUCCUCCUCCGCUGGGAAACAAGGAGAAAGAGUAGUAGAGGAUGUCGGAAACUAUAAGCAACCACUUGUCUGGGUUGACUUGGAGAUGACUGGUCUUAAUGUUGAAGUUGACAGGAUAUUGGAGAUUGCUUGUAUAAUUACUGAUGGACAAUUAACCAAAUCAGUGGAGGGUCCAGAUUUAGUUGUACAUCAAACGAAAGACUGCGUGGAUAAAAUGGGUGAUUGGUGUCAAACUCAUCAUGGAGACAGUGGUUUGACAAAGAAAGUGCUCUCUAGUACUAUAAGUGAAAGGCAAGCUGAACAAGAGGUCAUCAAAUUUGUAAAAAAGCAUGUUGGUAAUGAAAAUCCACAAUUAGCUGGAAACUCUAUCUACGUGGAUUUCCUUUUCCUAAAGAAGUACAUGCCAGAUUUGGCUGCCCUUUUCCCUCAUGUACUUGUCGAUGUCAGUAGUGUCAAGUCUUUAUGCAACCGAUGGUUUCCAAGAGACAAAAACAGAGCUCCUGCAAAGAAAAACAAUCACAGAGCCAUGGAUGAUAUAAGAGAAAGCAUCAAGGAGCUUAAGUACUACAAAGAAACCAUAUUUAAAGCAAACAAAGGCAGGAGGUGAGGUGAGGUGAGGUGAGGCUGGAGUGAAAUCUCCUCUGAUUGACCUUCUUGAUUAGAAGAUAUCGUUUUUUUGUUUAGGGAAAGGGGAUAUUGACAUUGUCGUUUAGGAGUCAUUCUCUUGAAUGUUUUUGUAUUAUGAAACCUAGUUACAAGAUGAUCUUUAGUUAUUGAGACUGGUACUAAAUCUAUUA